UACAAGGCAUAGAAAAUGAUAUUGAUCAAUAUCAGCCUGACUGUCAGCUUGCUGAUGGUUUCAACUGGAUUUAGCUUGCAUCAAGGUGCCAAGCGGAUCGACAUUAAGUCUUGGGAGGCCAGGGAUUUAGCCGUGGAGAGCAGCAAUCAUCAGGCUCGAUCCAGUAAUGGCAACUUUAAUGGCCACCUCAAUGACAGCAUCGACAUUAAAGUGUUUGAACGGAUGAAAGAACCCAAAAAUAUGACUGUUACUUUCAAUGAAAUUGACAUUAGUGAAAUGCGCGUCUAUAAUGUUGGUGUUCUAAUGGCUUCCCAUUUGGAUUCACCUUUUGACCUGGAGCGCUGCGGGCCGGCAGUGGACUUGGCCUUGGAUCAGAUUAACAGACGUUUUCUUAGUCCUCACAACAUCAGGCUGGUCAAAAAGAAGGCUAGUUACCCUUCGUGCUCGGGAGCCAAGGCGCCAGGACUUGCUGCGGACAUGCAUUUCAAGGACGAUGUCAUCGCGUUUAUCGGACCCGCUUGCGCCUUUGCCCUGGAACCGGUGGCCCGGCUGGCUGCCUAUUGGAAUACUCCCAUUAUAACGGGCAUGGGAGAUCAGCCACCAUCUUCCGAGGGCGAACUAACCGUCACCUCAGGCAUGUUGGGCCGAAUACACAAGUGGAAGAAUGAGAGUACGGGCAUGUUUAAAGACAAAUCCAAGUAUCCGACAUUAACUCGAAUGUCCUAUUGUCAGUGUAGACUUAAGUUGGUAUUUGCCAGUGUUUUCCGGCAAUUCAAGUGGAAGCAUGUGGCUCUCUUAGUGGACAGAUCGGAGCUAUUCUCACUGACUGUUGGCAAGAAUCUGGAAUAUGGAUUGCGCCAAGAGGGACUGUUGAGCUUUGUGCGGGAACUUAAUGGCAACGCGGAGGAGAUUUACGAGAACUAUCUUAAGGAUGCGAGCAUGUAUGCGCGAGUUGUCAUACUAUCUGUGCGCGGCGUUCUGGUGCGAAAGUUUAUGCUGGCGGCGCACAGUCUGGGCAUGACUAAUGGUGAGUGGGUGUUCCUCGAUGUGGAGAUAUUCCAGAGUGCCUACUGGGGCGACAAGGACUGGGAGAUGGGAGACGAGAACGAUAUGCGGGCACGCAAGGCAUACGAGGCACUGUUAAGAGUCUCACUCCUGCAGCCAACUAGCCCCACUUUCCAGGACUUUGCGGACAAUGUGCGGGAGAACGCACUGUCCGAGUAUAACUAUACGUUUGGCGAGGGCGAGGAGGUCAAUUUCUUCAUCGGGGCAUUCUACGAUGGAGUCUAUCUGCUCGGCAUGGCACUGAAUGAGACCUUGACGGAGGGAGGCGACAUUCGGGAUGGUGUCAACAUUACGCGUCGCAUGUGGAAUCGCACAUUCCAUGGCAUUACGGGGCAUGUUCGCAUCGAUGACAAUGGCGAUCGUGAUGCGGAUUACUCCAUACUUGAUUUGGAUCCCAUCAAUGGCAAAUUCUCCGUUGUGGCGCAUUAUUACGGACUCCAUCGGAAGUAUGCCGCUGUGCAUGGCAAGAAGAUCCAUUGGCCGGGUGGUCGUGAGGAGCCUCCACCAGAUGUUCCGCCCUGUGGGUUCUUGGGCAAUGCGCCAGGCUGCCAUGGAAACGAGACAACAGUCAUGUAUUCAGUCUUCGGCUUGGCUUUAUUUUUGGGACUUGUUCUGCUGGUCAUCUGUCUGCUGCAAAAACAAAUGAAGCUCGGCAAGGAGCUGCAUAACAUGUCCUGGCGCGUCCGACCCGAUGAUGUGCUUAUCGAGAUGGGCGGCAUGUUCGGUUCUAAGGGUGGACUGCAGCGCCUGGAUGUGGAGAAUAUAUCACUGCAACAGUUUGGCAUACAUUCAGGACGCGCUUCCAUCGCAAGCUUUGCCUCGCUGCCACCGCAAGUCUACACCACAAUUGGGCAGUUCAAAGGCGAACGCGUGGCCAUCAAAAAGGUGAAUGUGAAGAAGGUGGAGGUCACCUCAACGCUGCUCUGGGAGAUUAAGCAGGCGCGGGACGUGAGUCAUGAGAACACCGUACGCUUUGUGGGCGCCUGCAUUGACUUGCCGCGACCCACGGUCCUAAUCCUCACCGAGUACUGCUCGCGGGGCAGUUUGAAGGAUGUGCUCGAGAACGAAGCCAUUGAACUGGACUGGAACUUUCGCAUGUCCCUCAUCCAUGACAUUGUCAAAGGCAUGAGCUACCUGCACAACAGCGAUGUCGUUGCCCACGGCAAGCUGCGCUCCUGCAACUGUCUCAUCGAUGGUCGCUUCGUAUUGAAGAUCUCCGAUUUUGGCCUUAACACGCUGACGACGCCUUCGGACUUUGUGCGGGAUCAGAACUACUAUACCAAGCUGCUGUGGAUUGCUCCGGAACUGUUGCCAAUGACUUCGAUACCAGGCUGCCCGGCUACACAGCGCGGCGAUGUUUACUCCUUUGGCAUCAUACUGGAGGAGAUUGUUAACAGAGGAGGUCCCUAUCAGGAGGCACGUCAGCAGGGCAUGGAUGUGCACACAAUUCUACAUAAGGUGCGCCAAUGUGAGUAUCCGCCUUUUCGACCUCUUAUCCGGGAGCGGGAAUGUCCACCUGAUCUAUUGGUGCUAAUGGAGAAGUGCUGGGCUGACAACCAAGAGGAGCGUCCUGCUUUUUCCACAAUAAGAAGCAACAUACGCACCAUCAUGAAGGGCUUUUGUGAGAAUCUCAUGGAUGAUUUGCUCAAUCGGAUGGAGCAUUAUGCCAACAACCUGGAAAGUCUCGUGGAGGAAAAAACCAGGCAACUUAGUUUGGAAAAGCAACGCACCGAGGAGCUGCUCUAUCAAAUUCUGCCUCGUCCGGUCGCCCAGCAGCUGAUGGCCGGAGAUCUUGUGGAGCCGGAAGAGUUUAGUAGUGUGACCAUCUAUUUUAGCGAUAUUGUGGGCUUCACUGAGCUCUGCGCCCGCAGCACACCCAUGGAUGUGGUCAACUUUCUCAACGAUCUCUACAGCACAUUUGAUCGCAUCAUUGGCUUCUACGAUGUUUACAAGGUGGAAACUAUUGGGGAUGCAUACCUGGUAGUGUCAGGUUUACCGGAGCCUAAUGGCGAUAAACAUGCUCGGGAAAUUGCGUUGAUGGCCUUAGACAUACUUCAAGCAGUCUACUCUUUUAAUCUCAGACACAAACCGGACUACAAGAUACAAAUCCGCAUUGGCAUGCACUCGGGAUCUGUUUGUGCCGGCGUUGUUGGCAAAAAGAUGCCGCAUUAUUGCCUCUUUGGGGACACAGUUAACACUGCUUCCCGCUUGGAGACCACAGGAAUGCCGGGCAAAAUUCACGUUUCAUCGGCAACAAAGGGUAUUCUAGACAAAUUUGGUACCUUUCAAUUGGAACAACGCGGUGAUGUCGAACUUAAGGGUAAAGGCACCGUUACAACCUUUUGGCUUAACAGCACCACCGAGGCAGAGGCGCGUGCUCCAACUCCGCCACUUCUCAACAACGAUGAGGUGCCCUUCCCUUUGCUCUUUGCCGGCAUGGGCAAGUAAUGAUUACCUGAUGGAUCGUCAUAACUAUUUCAAGUACAAAUAUUCAUUCAACAAUUGAAAAGAGUGUUAUGGAUGCCGAUUGGAAAACCAAUUACAUUUUUGUGUCCGCUUUUAUAUGUUAACAUAAAUAAUGAACCCGAUUGAAAGAGCUUUUCGAUGCAUAUUUGCAAAUUGCUUCUUCAAUAUAUAAAAGUAUCUCAAAGUAAACAGGUAUUGUGAUAAAUGUUUGUGUGAACGUUUUUUAAAAGAGAAAUAUUCUUAAAAAUAAUUAUUGUAAAACCGAGCUCAUAUUGAUAUUAUUAUAAAUUAUAUUCUGUGCCAAAAUGCAUUAUAUUCGUAUUGUGUAAUUGAUGGAAAA